AUGAAAAUUUUUCUGAUGCUUUCUCUAAACUUUAUCCUAACAUUGCAACAAAUGGGAGGAGGAGGAGGAGGAGGAGGAGGUGGAGGAGGCGGUGGGAGUGGUAGCAUCGGAGGUUCUGAUUACUAUAGUUCUAGUAAUAACGAGGAUUGUUCAGAUAGUUGUUGGAUUCCUAUUGUUACAGUUUUCUCCUCAAUCCUUGUAUUUUUUAUUAGUUUUCGAUGUUAUAAAUCUGGUUAUUUAAGAUUUGAUUGUAUGAAAAUUAGAAAUUCAAAAAAAUGGUUGCUUCAAAAUUUCAUUUCUGAAGGUAAUACAUCUACAAGAGAUGAAUUGUUAUAUGGCUUAGAAUUACUUUAAAAUUGUAAUUGGAAUAUGACUUAUUUUCAAAAGGGAUGGAAGAACAUAAAAUUAAUUGAAAAGGAAUUUAAAAUAAACUAUAGUUAAGAGCUAAACAAAUAUUACAUAGAUGUCAAAUUUAGAGCUCAUGAUUCAGUUGGAGAAUCAACUUAUAUUGGCCAUAUUAAAUAAAAUUAGAAUGAAUGGAGGAUACUCAUGAUUAAAACUUAUGACGAUAGAAUUAAAGCACAAUAAUUUGGUGAUUAUGCGAUCUUGAUUUAUGAUGGAGUAACUCUUUAGCUUCCUCAUGGAUUUAAUGGAAGGUGGUAUUUCUAUGAAGCUUCUUCAUCACAUGGAGAUUGGAAAUGGUAAGGAUAGGAUUAAGAAGAAAUAUAAUUAUGA